GGCAUCUGUCUUCUGGUAGCAGUCACCAUGAGAACCUUCACCCUGUGUAUCUUUGCCCUCACCUUGGCCGCUGUGGCUCAUGGCCAGCGAUUUGGUUCUGGUUGGUUUGCCAACCAGGGAGGCGGCAAACAAGGAGGCAAACCAGGUGGCAGACUAGGUGGCAGACCAGGAGGCUUUGGUAUGUUUGGUGGUGGUGGUCGAUUUGGUUUCUUCGGUAGACCUCAAGGUAAACCUCAAUGGGGCGGACCUCAACAGGGUGGACCUCAACAAGGCGGACCUCAACAGGGUGGACCUCAACAAGGCGGACCCCAGCAAGGCGGACCUCAGCAAGGUGGACCUCAGCAAGGUGGACCUCAAGACGAGAAACCACAAGAAGAUGAGAAUGAACAACAAGAGGAGCAGGUAGAGAAUCAAACUGAACAACAGGAGGAGGCCGAACAACAGGAGGAAGCCGAGCAACAGCAAGAAGCUGAGCAACAGCAAGAAGCCGAGGUACAGGAGCAAGAAGCUGAGCAAGAGCAGGAGCAAGAAAAUGAGGAGGAUUCUGAAGACAAGGAGGAAUGAUAUUUUCCAACGCUUAAAUAAACCAUUCUGAAAUAUA